AUUUUGGGUAACUCUUUUAAGUAAACAGCACUGCAUCAUACUUGAGGAGCUGUAUGAAGUAGAGGAUUAACAAUGAGAGAUGAGAAUUCCAAGAAAAGCAAGCUCUCAUGGUCGAAGAGAAUGGUCAGAAAGUUCUUCAAUAUCAAAAGCAAGAGGGAGGACUCACACCAAGGACAAGGAGAUGGUAUUGCUUAUGGAGGAGGUGACGUAGAAUACAGGAGCAGGAGCAGCUUAUCUGAGAGAGAGCCACGCACAAUCAAAAAGAGCAAAACUGAGAAGUUUAGUAGGAACUCAGAGCAGGUCAGGCGAGGAAGAAUGAAUCUUGACCAUCCUCGAAUUAUAGAUGUCCAUAACUAUAGCAUUUUUGUUGCUACAUGGAAUGUGGCUGGAAGAUCCCCACCAAGUAAUUUGAGUUUAGAUGAUUGGCUUCAUGCCUCAGCACCUGCAGAUAUUUAUGUUCUUGGAUUUCAAGAGAUAGUUCCCUUGAAUGCUGGUAAUAUCUUAGGGGCAGAAGACAAUGGUCCUGCCAAAAAAUGGCUGGCUCUCGUUGGAAAAACUUUGAACAAUCUACCUGGUACUAGUGGAGGUAGCGGGUAUUAUACACCAUCUCCCAUUCCUCAGCCAGUGGUAGAAUUAAAUGCAGAUUUUGAGGGAUCGGCUAGGCAGAAGAAUUCAUCAUUCUUCCAUCGGAGAUCAUUCCAGACAACUUCUAGCAGCUGGGGAAUGGACAACGAUCCUUCAACAGUUCAACCACGACUAGAUCGAAGAUUCAGUGUCUGUGAUCGUGUAAUUUUUGGUCACAGACGAAGCGACUUUGAUCCCAGUUUUAGAUGGGGUUAUAGGCCUAGUGACUAUUCCAGGGCAAGUGACUACUCCAGACCAAGUGACUAUUCAAGAUGGGGUUCAUCUGAUGAUGACAAUGGUCUUGGAGAUUCACCAAGCACAGUCUUAUUUUCACCAAUGUCUUACGGUGGACCUGCAAAUGCUGAAGAUGGAUAUGGCAUGCCAGGGCGUUCAAGGUACUGCCUUUUUGCAAGUAAGCAAAUGGUGGGAAUAUUUCUUACCGUAUGGGUGAGAAGUGAAUUGAAGGAUCACGUUCGAAACUUGAAAGUAUCAUGUGUUGGCAGAGGAUUGAUGGGUUAUCUCGGAAAUAAGGGAUCCAUCUCAAUUAGCAUGUCUCUGCAUGAAACAAGCUUUUGCUUCAUUUGUAGCCACUUAACCUCUGGACAGAAAGAGGGUGAUGAACUAAGAAGAAAUUCUGAUGUGAUGGAGAUUCUAAAGAAGACAAGGUUUCCACGUGUUCAGGGUGCUGACAAUGAGAAGUCUCCUGAGACAAUCCUAGAGCAUGAUCGAAUUAUAUGGCUUGGAGAUUUGAAUUAUCGGAUUGCACUCUCCUACCGUUCUGCAAAGGCGCUUGUUGAGAUGCAAAACUGGAGAGCAUUGUUAGAGAAUGACCAGUUGAGAAUAGAGCAGAAGAGAGGUCGUGCAUUUGUGGGAUGGAAUGAGGGGAAGAUUUAUUUCCCUCCAACAUACAAGUAUUCAACUAAUUCAGAUAGAUAUGCAGGAGAUGAUAUGCACCCAAAGGAGAAAAGGCGAACACCUGCUUGGUGUGACCGUAUUUUGUGGUAUGGAGAAGGUCUCCAUCAAUUAUCUUACGUCCGUGGUGAAUCAAGGUUUUCAGACCACAGACCUGUUUCUGGUAUAUUUUGGGCUGAGGUUGAGUCAAGUCAUGGAAGAUUGAAGAAAAGUAUGAGCUGUUCUCGAUCCAAAAUAGAGGUGGAGGAACUUCUACCAUAUUCCCACGGAUAUACUGAACUAAGCUUUUUCUGAAGGAAGGAGGACUAGAUUUGAGAUACGUCCAUCCAUAUUCAACAACUGGUCAACAAGCGGGAGUUACUUUGAAGAAAUAUAUCCAUGGAGUUUGAUAGAGACAACCCAUUUCCCACUUACCGAAAAAGGUGCUAAUAUGUAAUUUUGCUCUACAGCCAUGCCAUGCCAUGCCAUGCCUU